AUGGUGCCGUCUCCGGCUGUGGCGCCCUGUUUUCCCGACAGCCUGAAGUGGGUAUUGGAGAACCAACGGGAGGAUGGGUCGUGGGGUUUGCCCGCUCACAGCAGACCCAUUUCCCUCACCAAAGACGCUCUCUCCUCCACUCUAGCCUCCGUUCUUGCUCUCAAGCGAUGGGGCGUCGGAGGAGAUCGACACGUUCAGAACGCACUUGAAUUUAUGGAACGAAACUCGGCCGCUCUCUCCGAUCCAACCCAACAAACCCCGAUCGGGUUCGACAUAACAUUUCCCGCCAUGAUCCAAACCUCCGUGAAGGAUUACAAUUUGAAUCUCCCGCUCAAAUCCGCCCAAAUCGACUCCAUGCUCCGCGACAGAGCCACGGCCCUCAGCUCAGCGAAUCCAGGCUCUCAAGGACGCGACGCCUACUUGGCCUACAUCUCCGAAGGAAUCGGAAGUUCGCAGGACUGGGAAACCGCCAUGAAAUUCCAGAGGCAAAAUGGCUCCCUCUUCAACUCUCCCUCCGCCACCGCAGCAGCCUUCAUCCACCUUCACGACCCCGAUUCCCUCCGCUACCUCCGCUCAGCCGCCGCCGCCGGGAAGAAUGGCGGAGUUCCAGUGAUCUACCCGCACGGAAUUCACGCCCAGCUCUGCCUCGUCGAUGCGGUUGAGGGUUUGGGAAUCGAUUGCCAUUUUGCGGAGGAGAUUAAGCUGGCUCUGACCCACAUUUACAGGAGCUGGCAACAGGGAGAGGAAGACAUAUUCCUCGACCCCACGACUUGCGCCAUGGCGUUUCGGAUUUUGCGACUCCAUGGAUACCCUGUAUCCGCAGAUGCGUUCCAUCGAUUCACAGAAGAGAGGUUCUGGAGCGAUACUUUGGAAGGGUAUUUGAAGGACGAAAGGGCUGUGCUGGAGCUCCACAAGGCCUCCAAAUUGAUUUUCCCUCGAGAAUCGAUUAUGGAACACCAGCAAGCGUGGACGCGCCAGUUCCUGACCAAGUUGGUUGGGAAAGAUGAAUCCGACAAUAGGCCCAGAACCCAUGAAUCGCUUGUCAAAAAGAAGGUGCGUAACGCUCUUAGCUAUCCAUUCCGCUCUGAUUUGGAACCCGUGGCUCGCAAAAGAAACAUCGAGCAGUUUAGGACAGAGAGCUCAAGGAUCCUUAAAUCGUCCUUCAGCUGUGCAAACUUUGAGGGCAACGAUUUAGCAAAAUUGGCGGUUGAAGACUUCAACUCUCUCCAGUCGUCUCACCGCGGCGAACUACAACAUCUGAUGAUGUGGCUAGAAGAGAAAGGAUUGGAUGAGAUGAGGCUGGCCAAGGUGAGGAUGGGGUAUUGUUACUUCAGCGCUGUAGCAACUUUCUCCGAUGCAGACCACUCCGACGCCCGCAUUCUCUUCUCCAAACACGCUCUGCUAGUCUCUCUUGUUGACGACUUGUUCGACAUGUUUGGGACUCACGAGGAAAUUCUGAACCUUGUCCAUCUCUUUGAGAGGUGGGAUGCGAAUAGACCAACGUCGUCACAGUUCAGUUCAGAGCGUGUGGAGACGUUGUAUUGGGCAAUUCAUAGCACCAUUUGUGAGAAUGUGGAGAAAGCAUUCCCCACCCAGGGUCGUAGUGUCAUGAAUCAUAUCGUGGAGCUCUGGGUGGAAAUGCUGAAAGGUAUGCUAAAGGAAGCAGAGUGGUCCAAAACAAACACAAUCCCGACGCUCGAGGAAUACUCGACGAAUGCAACCAUUACACUUGGCGUAGGAGCAUUUCUGGUCCCUGCUCUCUACCUAGCCGGCCAGAAGCUGUCAGAGGAAGUCGUCAAGGGUCCCAAAUUUCAGAAGCUGUUCAGAGAAACAAGCAAUUGCGGCCGGCUGCUGAAUGAUUCCAGGGGCUAUGAGAGAGAAGCUGCGGAAGGGAAACCAAAUGCAGUGCUGCUACGAAUGAAACAGGGCAAAGGAGGAAAUGGUGCGGAAGAGGAAGCCAUGGAAGAGGUCGAGAGGUCCAUAGAGAACUUGACACGACAAGUUUUGGAGAUGGCUCUGGACGAGAAGGACUACGGCCAAGUCCCAAGUGAAAUCAGAGACAUGUUCUGGAAAUCCAUCCAAGUGUUCUACCUGUUCUACAUGAAGGAGGACUUGUACCAUGCCAGCACCAAGUUGGUUAAUGUUGUAGAAUCUGUAAUUAACGAACCCAUCUCUCUUCACGAAAACUUAGGAUGA